AUGAGUCUGAGUCGUACUAAGCGGAUCAGCUCCAGCAGCUCGGUCCGGAGCAGCAGCGGUGGAUCCAGGAGGCUGAGCGGCUACGUUCCGGGUCCAGGGGGUUUCAGCGGCCUCUCCCUGAGCAGCAGCUCUCUGUACGCCGGCACCAACGGGCUCCACCACGGCCUCGGGGCCCCGCUGGCCUCGCUGUCCGUCAACAGGAGCCUCCUGGCCCCGCUGAACCUGGAGAUCGACCCCAGCCUCUCCAUGAGCCGGGCCCACGAGAAGGAGCAGAUCAAGAGCCUCAACAACCGCUUCGCCACCUUCAUAGACAAGGUGCGUUUCCUGGAGCAGCAGAACAAGAUGCUGGAGACCAAGCUGGAUCUGCUGCAGGGUCAGGGGGUGGCCCGGUCUAACGUGGAGCCCCUGUUCGAGGCCUACAUGGCGGGUCUGAGGCGCCAGAUGGACCUGGUCAACAACGACAAGACCAAGCUGGACGGGGAGCUGAGGAACAUGCAGGGCCUGGUGGAGGACUACAAGCACAAAUAUGAGGACGAGAUCAACAAGAGGAACAACCUGGAGAACGACUUUGUUAUCCUAAAGAAGGAUGUAGACUCGGCCUACCUGGUGAAGGCCGAUCUGGAAGAUAAAGUCGGAGCUCUGACUGAUGAAAUCAACUUCCUGCGCAACGUAUAUGAGGAGGAGCUGCGUGAGCUGCAGGCCAGCAUCAAAGACACCUCGGUGGUGGUGCAGAUGGACAACAGCCGCAGCCUGAACAUGGAGCAGAUCGUGGCGGAGGUCAAAGCCCAGUAUGAGGAGAUCGCUGCCCGCAGCCGAGAGGAGGCCGAGGCCUGGUACAAGAGCAAAUUCGACCAGAUGUCGGUGCAGGCUAAUCAGUACGGAGACGAGCUGCGCGUCGUGAAGGGAGAGGUGGGUGAGAUCAACCGUCUGAUCAGCCGCCUGCAGAGCGAGAUCGAGGCCGUCAAAGCCCAGCGCGGUGCUCUGGAGAACCAGCUGGCGGAGGCUGAGGAGCGUGGAGAGCUGGCUGUGAAGGAAGCCAAAGCUCGGACCAGAGACCUGGAAGACGCUUUGCAGAGAGCCAAACAAGACAUGGCCAGGCAGCUCCGGGAGUACCAGGACCUGAUGAACCUGAAACUGGCUCUGGACAUUGAGAUCGCCACCUACAGGAAGCUGCUGGAGGGGGAGGAGGACAGACUCGGGCAUCAGUCCAUCCUCAACAUCCAGACUGUGUCCAACUACAGUACUAAGAGUACUAAUGGCUACCACAGUAACAGCGCCUCUCCUGCUCCAAAACUGAUGAUCAAGACCACGGAGACCAGAAACAGCUCCAGAUACAGCUCUCACUAAGAGCACACACACACACACACACACACACACACACACACACACACACAC